GUUGUGACAAAUCCAAUUCAGCGGUCGGUCGUUGAAAAAAGACAAUCCAAUCCCAAUCCCGAAGUCCAUACACUUUCCACAUACAAUAUUAAUAAAUGUGCCGAACCAGUAGACAUUCUAAGAUAUGAAAUCCAUGUUACGAAAUUUUCAACACAAGAUUAUUAUAUAAAUUUCACUCUUGAAUUAAAAACCUCUAUGAAUUUAGUUGGGACAGUUAGAACGAAAGCAACAGUCUUGGUCCUGACACACGAUGUGCCAUACGAAAUAAGUUUCAAUCAUCUUAAUUUAAUGACAAGUGAUCAAGUUACUGGCAAUUCAUCGUUUAACCUAGUACAAAGGAGCGACCAAAGUAUCUUAGUGUGUGCUUUAGUCUCUAUUGGCAGUUCUCCUAAGGGUUCAUUCGCGCCACCAGAAACACUUUCAAUCGCAUAUAAUGCACCAUUAGUUAUUGGUAUAGCUUUUGUAGUACUCAGUUAUGUGAUAUCAAAAACUAAAAUUGCGAAAUUUGAGAGUGUUGAUAAG